AUGGAGGUCACGCUUCAAGACCUACUUCCGCCAUACUCGAAACAACAACCAAUUCAAACCCCUCGGCUAACUCUCCGACCAUUCCAAUGGAACGACCUCCAAUCCUUAUACAAGCUUCGGACAAGUCCAGAGGUCAUGCAAUGGACCAGUCAAGCACAAAUUGACAAAUCUCCACAGCAAACUCGUGAGUGGAUGCAGAAUUUCAUAGACGAGACUGAUAUCCCACGACGCAACUACAACUUUGUUGUUUGUCUCCGAGCUGAUAAUGGCGACAAUCACCCGGAUGAACAUUCACCUGACUCAUCCCCGCAAGACAACAGUCUGCUUAUCGGUGUUUGUGGGCUGACUGGCCUGGAUUCCCUGCCCAUAUCUCCGCUCCCUCCCUUUGGGUACAUGUUCUUUCCGGAGACCUGGGGCAAAGGAUAUGCUACUGAGGCUGCUCUCGGUUUUCAGCGAGCAUGGAUGUCACUAAUUUCUUUGGGUCUUCAAAUUCACUCCAUUCCAUCUGACUUGAAGCAUGAUUUAUUCGAUAUCCGGGCCGUGACUCUUGAGAGCAAUCUGCCGAGUGCAAAAGUUCUCCGAAAGUGUGGUUGGAGGAUAUAUGAGACUGUCGACGAGGGAGACAAGAAGCUUUUAAGGUGGAUACUGGACGGCCGUUCCAACUUUGACCCUUCGUCCUAG